AUGCGCUCCACAAACGGCUCGCUUUUGACUUCUCCAAUAAGUGAACUGAAGGUUACCCCAACGGGACAUGAAUUUAAGUUACGCUUACAGCCUAACGAAGACGACUUGAAGAAGACUGUUAGUGUAGAGCUACAUGUCAAAUUUCCCAAGACAUACCCACGCGUAGCACCAGACAUCAGGCUUCUGAAUCCUCGUGGUCUCUCUAAUACGCAACGUACUGAUCUCCAAAAGAAUUUAUCAGUGUUGAUAAAGGAAAAUCUAGGACAGGAAAUGGUGUUUACUAUAGCUCAGUUUGUGCAGGAAUAUAUUACUGCAAAUAAUAACGUUGUUAGGGGUGUUGGUGCGAUGAGUUUUCAUGAACAGAUGUUAAGUAGGAUCGAACAGACCACAAAGGCCGAACAGCAAAAGGCUCUUGAACAGCAAAAACAUCUAGAAGAAGUGCAAAACAUGGAACAAGAAAAACUCAUCGCGAAGAUAAAAGAAGAUAGGGAGCAGAAAGCAAAGGCGAAGGAAGCUAAGCGAAAGUUAAAAAUGUUACAGAACCAGCACGAUACGGACGGCGGAGACGAAGUGGAGACGGCUUUUCCUACAGUCUCUUUUGACAGUUUUAUACCUUUGGAGAUUGACAAUCAAGAAUCUCCAAAGUUUAAAUCUGUAAUUCUCGGUCCACUUAUAGGCAAAGGUAGUUUUAGCUUUCAUAUUACUGCAUCGUUAUGGCUUAUGCUCGAUCUAUUUUCUUUUCGUAUGAAACCAAGGAAAAGCCCUAAUCAGAUUGUCUGUAAUUUUAACAAAGGACCCAUUGGAUACACCCACAUUGUUCAUCCUGCAGACUUGCAGUUAAAAGGGGAAUGGAAGGGACCAGUAUUUUCCAAAUGCUUUGCAUUGAAAGAAGUCGAUAUUAGUGGAUCUCAUUAUUUGGAAUUGGAUGGAAAGAAGAAGCUUGAAGAAAUAGAAAAAGAACUGGAGCGCCUUAAAUCUCUUCGUCAUCCCAAUUUGAUAUCUAUCUACGAAGGAAAAUUGGAACGAUGUGAUUCUGGAUGGUAUUUACAUGUUCUCAUGGAACAUGCAAGUGGUGGAACAUUGCUUGAUCUAUUGAGAAAGUGCGGUACAAUUAGACUGGAGAUGGCGAGAGAAUAUAUGAAGCAGCUGUUGAGUGCACUGGAUUAUGUACAUUCACACAAUCUCGUGCAUAAAGAUAUCAAAGCCUCCAAUACUCUAUUUCAAGUUGUUGAGUCCGAUGAAUGUAAAGCAAAAUUGUCCGACGUCAGUUACCAUAGGAAGCUACUUGAUAUGCACAAAAGCCAUCCUCUUUCAGAAUAUUCUGCCGAAGAAAGGAGACCUCGAUGGAGAUCGCCUGAACAUGAAACUCGACCGAAUUUGUAUUCAAGGAAGAAUGACAUUUGGUACUUGGGAAUAAUAUUUGUGCAGAUGCUCUGUGGAUGUAAAGUGGUGGAUGAGUACGAAUCUAUUGACGAUUUGCUUGAAUCGCGCGAUCAUGACCUUCCGGAACCAGUAGUAACGGUUCUACGACGAAUGUUUGAAAGCGACUAUCGCAAACGUCCAACAGCCUUGGAACUACUCCAUGACCAUUUCUUCAACGACGACCCAAUGGCAAGCCCUUUACCACUUUCAUUCCUCACUUCUUCGAACGCAAAUACCGCCACAACACUUGUCUCUCCACAAGAAAUGACUUUACUUGGGAAGAGCCCCGUAUAUUUUUCAUCAAGUCCGCCACAUUCUCAAGCACAAUGUACGACUUCAAGAUAUAAGAGCGAUUUUGAGGAGAUUACCUUUCUCGGAAGAGGUGGAUUUGGAGAAGUCGUAAAAGCACGAAACAAGCUUGAUGGCCGGUUUUACGCCAUAAAAAAAGUUAGAUUAAAUCCAAACGAUUUUGAAAACAUUCGUAAAAUUUUACGUGAAGUAACUACUCUCUCAAGACUACAUCAUCAAUUUGUUGUAAGAUAUUAUACAACCUGGUUUGAAGAUUCUGAUGGUCUUUAUGAAGAACACGCGUCCUUUGAUUCUUCCGAUGCCUCAUCUCUUUCGUCUACCCACUCCUCAUCUUCUGUUACAGACACGGCUUCUUCAUCUGAUCCCAUACCUCCUACGAAUAAUUUUGAUUUCUUAUCAACUUCAAAAUCAAAUAGUAGGAAAAGUUAUAACAUGAUUCGAUUCGGAUAUUCUAGUGAAGAAGAUGAAGAUGACGAUUUCGAGGGCGGGAAGGCAUCAAAAGAGAAAACUUGGAUACUGUACAUACAAAUGGAAUAUUGUGAGAAAAAGACAUUACACGAUGUCAUUGAAGAAGGCAUUUCUGAAGAAGAAGGAUGGAGAUUAUUUCGGCAGAUUGUGGAAGGUCUGGUUCACAUUCACAGUCAAGGAAUGAUUCACCGCGACUUGAAACCGAGUAAUAUUUUUCUCGAUGCCAACGGUGAUGUGAAAAUUGGUGAUUUUGGGCUUGCAACCACGAAUGCUCCACUUAUAGAUAUAACGGCGCCUCAAGUUCAAAACUACCAGUCCUAUGAAUACGCUCCAGCGCAGGAUGAGUCUUUGACUGCUGGAGUUGGCACAGCUCUUUACGUUUCUCCCGAAAUCGCCGCCAAUUCCCACAACCUUUCUCGCUAUAACGCGAAGGUUGACAUAUAUUCCCUUGGCAUUAUCUUUUUCGAAAUCUGUUAUAAUUUUUCUACAGAAAUGGAAAGAAGAAAGACUAUUAUGGAUUUGAGGAGGACAGAGAUAGAGUUUCCAAAAGAAUUUCCGUGCGAAAAGUUAAAAAACCAAGAAGCUAUCAUUAGAUGGUGUUUACAACAUAAUCCAAAAGAUAGACCAACGAGCAUGGAGUUGCUGCGAAGUGAAUACAUGCCGCCAAAAAUGGAGGAUGAAUAUAUUCAAGAGAGCGUGAGGACUAUUGCUAACCCGAACAACCCAUAUUAUCAGAAACUGAUGACAGCCCUUUUCACACAACAAAGUGACAAGCACAAGGACUAUACCUAUGAUUAUAAUUCUGGGCAUUCCAACUUUGCUGCAUAUAACGAACUAACUUAUAGCAAAGUUCGAGAUCACAUGGUCAAAAUAUUCCGCCGUCAUGGAGCAAUCGAGUUGAAUGCACCGCUAUUGAUGCCAAAGACAGAUUUGUACAAAGAGGAUAGAGAAGCGGUAUAUUUACUUGAUGCGGAAGGCGCAAUAAUUCAACUACCGUUUGAUUUGACUGUACCAUUUGCCAGAUAUAUUGGAAGGCAUAAUAUAACAGACAUUAAGAGAUACGUGUUUGGGAAAGUAUACAGAACGAAUCCAGUCGGAGGUCAACCAAGAGUCUUUGCCGAAGUUGAUUUCGAUAUUGUACAUAGCACCAGCAGUUGUUCAAUGAUACCCGAAGCCGAGGUUCUCAAAGUUGUCGAUGAAAUUAUUGAAGAGUUCCCACUGUUGAAUGCGGGGGAUUAUUGUUUCUAUGUCACACAUGCAAACAUUGUAGACGCAAUCUUUGACUGUUGUCGAGUACCUUGUGACAUUAGAAGAGGGGUUUGCAGCGUGUUAAGCAAGCUUGGAAAAGUAUCAGCAGGGCAGAUUAGAAAGCAGUUGAUGGUGGAGUAUCAAUUGCCAAGGAGCAUUUGUGACGAGUUGGAGUUGUUCGAUUUUAGAGGUGAAUUAGAAACGGUCUACAAGAAAAUCGAAAAGUUAGUACCUGUAGAGCCAAUGAGAACUCGAAUAAAAGAUGCGGUUCGCGAGUUAAAAACGUUAUCAGCAUAUUUGAAAGAUCUUGGCGUCCAUAGACAGCUCGUGUUUGUUCCUUUGUUAAUUCACAACCAUCACUAUUACAAAAACGGCAUUAUUUUUCAAGUGCUUCAAGACAACAACAGGAAAGAUGAAUCCAUACUUGCCGCCGGUGGCCGUUACGACUCGCUCAUUCAACAGUUUCGUUAUCCAAUUGGAUUUGCUGGGGGUAUAACUGGGAGGAAACAGAUUUAUGCUAUUGGAGUAAACAUCGCCGUCCAGAAGAUUAUUAAUGCUUGUGUGCAUCACCAAGCUUGUUUUAGUAAAAGUUCGGCAGGGAAAAACGUGGACGAAGAGAAGAGUUACGGCAUUUGGAUGCCUAAGAAGUGCGACAUUUAUAUAGCUAGCUUUGGCAAAGUACAACUUGCUGAACGCCUUGAAGUUGUCCGUGAACUCUGGUCUCACAACAUCAGAGCAGACUUUAUGUAUGAAGAUGGAGCUUAUUUAACACCAGAAAUGCUAAUUCAUAAUUGUCGACACCAAGGAAUCAACUGGAUUGCGAUCUUGAGGCACAAGUCACAAGAUCAUUAUAAUAAAUCCGGGAAUUCACGCGAUAGUGGAAUUAGCGUGAAGGUGAAGAAUGUGUUAAGAAAAACGGAAGUCGAAGUACCCCGAUCCGAGUUGUGUAUGUAUUUGAGUUCGGAGAUUCAGGAUCAGAUGAGGAUUGACCAAAUAUCCGGUGCUAGAAUGCAUAGGCAUCAUUCUAUAUCGCAGUCAGAUCAGCUGUUAUUAUCAGACUUUAUACCAGCGAAUCAAUCAACGUCAAUAGAAUCUUCAGCUCAUUAUUCGAAUCUUCCAGUUACUAUUGUUUCAUUGCAAUCUAAUAAGAAGAUGAAACAUAAGCAGAAGCAAUUGCUUAUUGAUAAAGCUCAUUUGAAUAUAAAUACUAUAAUAGAUGAUAUUAAGUCUGGCAAUGUGCCUAUUAUGGCACUCGAUAUAAAUAAGGAAUUACUCAAGAAACUAUCUAAUUGUUACGUCUUAGAAGAUGACUCGUUUAAAAAGGUUCUCGAUGCAGUGCCAGCCAAUUAUCGCGAAUAUAUGAUACAGAUAAGAGAUGUUUUGAAGAAACAUCACAAGCAUGGUCAUAAGCAUGUGUGGUUAUACUCACACAAGGAUGAUUAUGGAUUAAUAUAUCAGCUUCAAUCAUAG